AUGGCGACAGAAAGGAAAGAAGCUCACGAGGAGGUCCCUGUGGCCGUCCCCGAGGAGGAUGAGACAGGAUAUCGCAUGGAUGGAGGCUUGCAGGCCUGGCUACAGGUCUUGGGUAGCUGGAUCCUCUUCGCAAACACCUGGGGUCUAACCAACUCCUUUGGAGUCUUCGAGACAUAUUACUCCCACACCCAUCUCCCAACGUCGAGUCCCUCUGCCAUAUCAUGGAUCGGCUCUAUACAGCUGUUCCUCACCAUGUUGGUGGGUGUUUUUGCGGGUUGGUUCCUGGAUGCUGGCCACCUGCGCAUCCUGCUCAUCAUGGGAACAUUCCUCGAAGUCUUUGGGAUGUUCAUGACGUCGCUUAGCACCACUUACUGGCAGAUUCUCCUCGCACAGGGAAUCUGUGUUGGGCUCGGUAGUGGGCUCUUGGGGCUUACAUCGGUGGCCGUGAUCCCUCUAUACUUUUCCAAGAAGAGGAUGAUCGCCACCGGCAUCGCUGCCACUGGCAGCAGUCUGGCCGGGAUCAUUUACCCGAUCAUGCUCCGUCGACUCUUCGUCCAGAUCGGCUUUGCAUGGGCUGUACGGGCCCUGACCUUUCUCAUCCUGGGAUGUCUGAUGAUAUGCUGUGCAGUUAUGAAACUGCGUCCGCGUCCGCGCAGAGCAACUGCCUUGAUCGAAUUCAAACACUUCCGAGAUCGGUCAUACAUGGCUUUCGUUGCGGCAUUUACCCUAAUGAUUGCCUCCGUCUACGUCCCAUUCUUCUACAUCCAGCGAUAUGCCCUUUCGCUGAACGUCAGCGAAGACAUGUCAUUCUACCUCCUCAGUCUCAUGAAUGCAGCUAGUCUGAUCGGCCGUAUAGGCCCCAACUUCCUCGCAGACCGCUUCGGAGGGGUAAACGUCAUGGCCCCAUCUUGCCUCUUCUCAGCCGUCAUUCUAUUCGUAUGGAGGUUCUCCCACAAUCUUCCAGGUCUGAUCGUGAUUUCUCUCAUCUACGGUCUUGUAUCGGGCGGCAUGGUUUCUCUCCCCCCAGCCACGAUCGCAAACCUUACCAGUAAGCAGUCGGAGCUGGGCGGGAGGAUGGGUCUCGCCUACACCAUUGCGGCGUUCGGCGCGUUGAUCGGGAAUCCGAUUGCCGGUGCUUGUUUGCGUCCGUCGGGGACGGGUGUGUCUGAUGUGCAGAGUGAGUAUCAGGGAACGUGGAUCUUUGCUGGGGCGUUCAUGAUUCUGUCUACUGUUUGUGUGGUGCUGACGAGAUAUUUUCGGUUUGGGCUUGCGUUGGAUGUGAAGAUUUGAAUUUCACGGGGUUGGAGAUGUUGGUGUAUCGGUACGACUAUGUUCUAUCGGUGAAG